AGCUGCUUUUCAAGCCACGCCUGGAAUUCAGGAUUUCAGCGGCCAAAGGAUCAGCAUUCCCUUUUUUCUCCCACUUCUGCAGCAUUGUUUUCCCUAGGGGACACCCUGAACACAUCAGUCUCUGCUGGCACAGCUUGCCCUGCACUUGUGGCCCCUUCCCCUGUCCUUGCUGGUGGGGAUGGAAGGCAAAGGCACCCAGUGUCCCCUGGAAGGACAGGAGUGACGUGCAGGCUGCUUUCUCCUGGUGGCAUCCCAAAAAAGACUCGGGCAGGCUGCCACAGAGGAGGUCACAGCACUGACCCCGAGCUGUAUCUUGGGCAUGAGGUAAACACGUCUUCCUUUCAGCUCUGGGUCAGCCCUGGAGCCAGGCAGGAAAACAAGGCAGGAGCCAGCUGGAGAGGGCUGUUGGUGCCAGGCAGCUUUGGUGUGGAGCCCGAGGGAUGGGGCAAAGGUGGCUCCAGGUGUCAGGACCUUGUGCAUGGCAAGCUCAGGUGUGAGUGUGGAGGCUCACAGCACAUCCUGAGGGGCCCUUCUGCAUGUGGGGCUAACAAGCACCAAGGGUUAAACUCACAGAGUUUUUAAAAAAGGAGGGAAAGGGGCCUUUCUUCGCUCCACCCUGGCCUCCAGCCCCCUGCCCUGAGCCCAGCCCCAGUGCCCAGCCACGCUCUGAGGGUGCCAUGGGUUUGGUGGUGGAUUUCACCCCAAGGUGCUCACCCAGCUCCACGGGAGCUUGGGAACACGUUGCACCAUGCAGGGGCAAUCCUGCUGGGAGCUCAGCAGCUCUCUGGGAUGGAUUGAGGUUCAUGCUUUGUGUUGGGCAAAGGGAUCCAGCCUGCCCUGCACAAAGAGCUCAGUGCUGCUCUGCCCCCAAACCACUUGGUAAGCUUUGGGGUGAGGGUUUUCUGCAUCUCGUCCUUCCCAGAGUGGUUUUAGGGUAAAAACCGCCAUUCCUCCCCAGUGCAAUGCAGGGGGUCUGGGCAGGGCCCCCCUCCCCAUGCCUGAGCCCCGGCAGGGGGCAGAGGGCUGAGGCAGCCACCUCACUGGGUGCCAGGUGACCCAGUGCCAUCAGUGAAAUGCCACCGGGGGGACACUGUUUUCCUGUCACCCGAUCCUGGCUGCUGGAAUGCCCUGGGUGCUAUAUAAGGGUGGGGCCAGGGGCCGGCUCUCAGGCGCUGCCUGUGCAAGGCAGGAGCUGGAACGCCGAGGUCCCCACGGUGAGGGCACGGAGGGACGUGGCUCGGGCAGGUCACUCGGGGGGAGGUGAUCUCACCCAGCAUCCCCUGUGUGGCUGGGGUGGGAUAGGGAAGGGUGGGCAUUGGUGAUCCCAUGCUGAGCAAGCCCCGUGCCUCAGUUUCCCUGCGGUAGAAGGGAGCAGACAGGGAAGGAUAUGGAUUUUGGGACUGACCAAAGGCACCAAGAGCCACCACGGCACAUCAUCGUCACCUCGGUCGCCAAAUAGGACAGCCACGUGAAGCCCUGUCCUGACGCAGCCCGCCGGUUCCCCCACAAACCCUCCUCUCCUUCCAGCCCCUGUGCCACCAUGGUGGGUCUGAAGCCCCCCGAGGUGCCCCCGCCGGCCACCGUGAAGUUCGUGAGCGCGGGGAUGGCCGGCUGCAUCGCCGACCUGUGCACCUUCCCCCUGGACACCGCCAAGGUGCGCCUGCAGAUCCAGGGCGAGGUGCGGAUCCCCCGCACCGUCAGCUCGGUGGAGUACCGGGGCGUUCUGGGCACGCUGAGCACCAUGGUGAGGACGGAGGGAGCGCGCAGCCUCUACAGCGGGCUGGCAGCCGGGCUGCAGCGCCAGAUGAGCUUCGCCUCCAUCCGCAUCGGCCUCUACGACUCCGUGAAGCAGCUCUACACCCCCAAGGGCGCUGAGAGCACAAGCAUGGCUACGCGGCUCCUGGCGGGCUGCACCACGGGCGCCGUGGCCGUGGCCUGCGCCCAGCCCACCGACGUGGUCAAGGUGCGGUUCCAGGCCAGCGGGGCCCAGUGGGACAGCCCCCGGCGCUACAGCGGCACCGUGGACGCCUACCGCACCAUCGCCAGGGAGGAGGGCGUGCGCGGGCUCUGGAGAGGGACGCUGCCCAACAUCGCCCGCAAUGCCAUCAUCAACUGCGGCGAGCUCGUCACCUACGACCUGCUCAAGGACGCGCUGCUGCGGGCGCAGCUCAUGACAGACAACGUCCCGUGCCACUUCGUGGCCGCCUUCGGCGCCGGGUUCUGUGCCACGGUGGUGGCGUCGCCGGUGGACGUGGUGAAGACGCGGUACAUGAACGCCAGCCCCGGGCAGUACCGCAAUGCCCUGAGCUGCCUGCUGGCCCUGCUCAUGCAGGACGGUCCCGCCGGCCUCUACAAGGGGUGA